ACUAAAUCAUCAGGAGAUUGUCCCGCCGUAACCAUUCCUUUCACUCGCUUCGUGGUUCAAAGUAUAAGGCUCUAUAUAAUAAAGGCUUCUCAUAGGCCAAUGAUAAAUAGACCGAGAAUACAUCGUUUGGUUAUUGGAUGAAUAAUCGUGUGUAUUUAGAUACGAGAAAACAGCAAGAGGCAUGUUGGAACCAACCUUAGCUUAUAUGUAAAAUGAUGGAGUUUCCUCUUUUACCAGAUUUGCAUCUCAACUUCUGCAGCACGUAUAUCUUAAAGGGAAAAAAAUGACAGCUCGUCUACUUCCGCCCGCCCCCGAAAGCCCUACAGGCUUGCAGCAACAGUGGAAAUAUGACGAGGAGGUUGACAUUGAUGCAGAUAUCGUACCCCGGCAGCGGAGCAGCAUCGCGCAGCCGCCUCUGGGAUUCCCGGAAUUUAUCGAUGGACCAAAGAACUGGUCCGGAUGCGAGCCUGGUAGAAAUCGAGGCCAAAUCCUCACACUUAGUAACGCCAAUAUAUGCGAAAUAUGCAAUGGGCUACACACAUUCAAUGGGCGAGAACUUGAUGGAGACGAAGUGAGACGGGAGCUUUUCCGGGUUCCAACCCUUGAAGGUCAUUUAAAGCAAGCCACUAUCGCGAUUUUAAACGGUAGCGGAAUUUUUAUAAUCCGCGGGCUGAGGUGGGAGGACUACAGCAUUGAAGAUAGGAUCGUCAUCUUCCUUGGGCUUGCGAGCCACAUUGGGGACCAACGAGGAGUACAGAACUCCAAAGGUGAUAUGUUAUCACAUAUUAUCGAGUCUAAGGCCUGGACCGUACCCAAAGAGAAGCGCCAUGGGAUUCACACCAGCGAUCGAUUGCCAUUCCAUAAUGACAUGGGGUGCGAAAUCCUCUCGAUGCAAAUUCGAGAUCGGGCUGACGCGGGGGGCCACACUUGCGUGGCGUCUAUGACAGCCAUAUACAACGACCUGCGCCAGUCAAAUCCAUGGGUACUCCAUGUUUUGGCCAAGCCUAAUUGGCCGAUACAGACAAGUUCGAAAAAAGACCCCCCUUUCGUCUUGUGUCCACUCAUGGAAUACCAUGAUGAUAACUUGGUGAUUUCGAUGGAUCCGGCUCGCAUCGGACCCCAUCCCCUGGCGCGUUACGGCUCGAUACCGGAUCUUACACCAGGGCAAGAGGAGGCUCUCGCAGUGCUCCAAAGGACUGCGGAAAAACAUCAAAUGAAACUCGAGACGCAGCCUGGGGACAUUGUCUUUAUUAAUAACUUGAGUCUCCUGCAUGCUCGGGAGUCGUAUGAAGAUGGUACGUCUUCAUCAAGACAUUUGGUGCGACUCUGGCUCCGGAACACAGAGUUAGGGUGGCGUAUCCCCCCCGCUAUGAAGAUGCCCUGGGACGCAGCAUUUGGAGACAGAGCCGCGAAAGUGGUAAAUAGGCACUAUCCUAUUAUGCCAAUGCCCGAAUAUAUGGAGUGCAAAUAUUCGAAUGGCACAGCGGCGUUCGUCGCCGAUGAUAACUUCAGCGACAGCAGCAGUGACGAGGUUGUUACAAAAGUUGGGGAGGACGGGUGAGAAGCAUCGACCGAAAAAAAGAACGGAAAAGUAUUAAGGGCACAAUCGUCC